AGCCAGCUCUCCAGUCGCGGGCAGGGCGGCGCGGCGCGGCCCCAAGGGAGGCAGCAGCCACCUACCCCGAGUAUUUAGAGGGGCCGGUCCCGGGUGAGGCUGCCCCUGGCCGGAGCUGGGCAGGAGCUAAGCGCGGACGGCAUCGCUAUGAAGCGGCAAGGCAUCGCGAACCUGGCUUUCGAGCCCUCCAGCCCCGACCUCCGUCUCCAGUCCAGGGUGAGCGUCAGCCGCCCAGGCCCGGCCCCCGGCCGCCCCCCGCCGGAGUGUGACGAGGGGCCGUGCGGGUGGGGCAGCUUCACCCCUAGGGCUCUGCAGUUGUGCAACAACCCCGAGGGCUACCUGAGCGCCUACAGCCUGCUGGCCGUCUUCCAAGGUAUUGUGGUGAAUGGGCUAAUAAAUGUUAGUAUUUCCACUAUUGAAAAACGUUUUGAGCUGAACAGUUCCCUCACUGGUGUCAUCUCUGCAAGCUAUGACAUUGCUUUUUGUGUAUUGUCGCUGUUUGUAUCUUUCUUUGGAGAAAGAGGGCACAAACCAAGAUGGCUUGCCUUCUCAUCCUUUAUGAUAGGAUUGGGAUCACUUGUGUUUGCCUUGCCACACUUUGCUGGUGGAAUAUACCAAUUUGGAUCUAAACUUGAAGAUACCUGUCAAGUAUCAGGAACUAGCAGUGCUAACUUCACUUGCAAUACCAGCAAAGAGUCUUCACUCUCCAACUACCUCUAUGUCUUCAUCCUGGCACAGCUGCUACUGGGAAUUGGAGGAACUCCCCUGUACACUUUGGGCACAGCCUUCAUUGAUGAUAGUGUCCCAAAACACAAAUCUUCUCUCUACAUAGGAAUUGGCUAUGCCAUGUCAUUGCUGGGUCCUGCCAUUGGCUAUGUAUUGGGAGGGCAGCUGCUUAAUAUCUAUAUUGAUGCCCCUCUUCAAACAAGCCCAGAGAUUGAUCUAGAUGACCCCCGGUGGCUUGGGGCAUGGUGGAUAGCAUUUCUCUUGUGCUGUUUUGGAACAUGGCUUCUGAUUGUACCUUUUUCGUGUUUUCCAAAGCACUUACCAGGUACAGCAAAAGUACAAUCUGAAAAAAUUUCUGAAACUCAUGAUGAUGGAAGUGAGGCAUUUGUUGAAGACAGGAAUAUUGGGAAAAAUUUUAACGAUUUUCCAGUGGCUCUUUUGAUACUGCUGAAGAAUCCUGUGUUGAUGUGUUUAAUAAUAGCUGCUUCUACAGAAGCUUUAGUUGCCACUGGCUUUGCCACAUUUCUGCCAAAAUUUAUAGAAAAUCAGUUUGGACAGUCAUCCAGUUAUUCAGCUACACUAGGAGGGAUUGUUUUAAUUCCAGGAGCAGCACUAGGCCAAAUCAUAAGUGGCAUCUUGGUUUCCAAGUACAAACUGGAUUGCAAAAACAUAAUCAAGUUCAUGUUAGGCACUUGCUCAGUGGCUCUACUAUUGAACACAGUGUUUGUGUUUUCUAAAUGUGGGAAUGAACCAUUCGCAGGUGUCUCUGAAACAUAUAACGGAACAGGCAAGUUACAGAACUUGACUGCAUCAUGUAAUGCUAACUGCAACUGCUUACGCUCCUUUUAUUACCCAGUUUGUGGCAGAGAUGAAGUCCAGUAUUUUUCUCCCUGUUUUGCAGGAUGUACAUCUUUUACUGUUCAAAAAAGGAAAAAGACUUACCAAAACUGUUCCUGUAUUGGGCUGCCAAAAAGAUUACCUGACACAGAAAAGGCCCCUUUUGAGGCUCUGGCUGGGAAAUGCCGAACACAAUGCACAUUCUUGCCUCUGUUCCUGGGCUUUUUCUUUUUUGCUGUUGUUUUCACUUUUAUGGCUGUUACUCCAACUACUGUGGCCAUCCUCAGGUGUGUGCCAGAUAAACAGCGUUCAUUUGCUCUGGGAGUGCAGUCAGUAUUUCUCCGAUUAGUAGGCACUAUUCCUGGGCCAAUUUUGUUUGGUGUGGCAAUAGACAGUAGUUGUACUCUGUGGGAUAUUAAUAAAUGUGACAUUAAAGGAGCCUGCUGGGUCUACGACAACUCAAAAAUGGCCUACAUGCUGAUUGGUAUAAGUGCAGCUUGUAAAGUCAUCACUAUCUUUUUUAUUGGCACUGCAUUCUGCUUAUAUAAACCGCCACCGGACAAUUCUGCAACUUUGCAAAAGGAUGCUGAACUUGUGUCUGCUGUUCACAUGUAAAACUGUUAUGAGAAAACCAGGAACUUUAAAAGAAACCAAGAAGAAUAUACACAGCUACAGAAAGAUAAGCUGUGUGACAGCUUUAAGUGCAGCAUUAUCUGAGCAUGAUUUAGUUCUUAAACAGCUUAAAAUGAUUUUAAAUAUUUGUAGAUAUUGUGUGUAACAUUAAUUCAAAUUCAGGAAAUUUUAUAUUUCAGCAAUGUACCUUUAAAUAUCACAGGAAAGAAAUUGAGUUAUUAACACUUUUAUUUUUAACUUUCCAUUCAUUGAAUUAAGCAAAUUGCAAUAUUAUCAGUAGAACACAAGAAAGAUGACAUAAACGCUGUACUGGAAUACCAAAA